UUCUAUUUCUUUGUAAGAGUUGUUGGGUUUAGAUAAGGUUUCGAAGAUUGAAGACAAUGGAGAUCGCGCAUUUCUUAUUUGGAAUUUUUGGAAAUGCCACUGCAUUGUUUCUCUUCUUGGCUCCAACGAUCACGUUCAGGAGGAUCAUAAGAAGCAAGUCUACAGAGCUGUUUUCUGGCAUUCCAUAUGUAAUGACCAUGCUCAACUGCCUCCUUUCUGCUUGGUAUGGAAUGCCCUUUGUGUCUAAGAACAACAUUCUGGUGUCAACAAUCAAUGGAACUGGUGCAGUAAUUGAGGCAAUUUAUGUCUUGACCUUCAUCAUCUAUGCACCAAAGAAGGAGAAGGCUAAAUUCAUUGGCCUCCUCACGCUUGUGCUCACCACUUUUGCUGGCGUGGCCUUGGUGUCCCUUGUCGUUCUUGAUCAUGGCAAAUCCAGGGAGAUAUUCUGUGGCUUUGCUGCUGCUAUUUUCUCAAUCAUCAUGUAUGGCUCCCCUCUGUCUAUUAUGAGGACAGUGGUUAAAACGAAGAGCGUGGAGUACAUGCCAUUCUUCUUGUCUCUUUUUGUCUUCUUAUGCGGCACUUCCUGGUUUGUCUUUGGGCUCCUUGGUGGUGACCUUUUUGUUGCUGUCCCGAACGGAGUUGGCUGUGGUCUAGGGGCAUUGCAGCUGAUCUUGUACUUCAUCUACCGGAACAACAAGGGAGAAGCCAAGAAGCCCGCCCUCCCUGUUAAGUCAAUGCAGAUGGGUAUCGCAAAACUCCACCAAGAGAAGGAAUUGGUUGCCAAUGGAUCCCAUGUUGAUAAGGUGUAAAUGACUUCAAUAUUGUGCGUGCAAGCUUAAGUUAUAAUUAAGACACCGGGA